UUAAUUUUAAUUUUUUUCUCUUCUUAUUCCUUAUAGAUUUGCUUAGAUGUCCUGUUUGUAAAGUAGAGGAAUUUGCAGCAACAAUUUUCAUGCUUAUGCAUUAGUUAUGUUAUGCGAUUCCCACUUACGCCUUCGUGUGAUAUAAGUGUUUUAGAUGCUACCCCAUUAGUAAAAAUGCUUCAUUAUCUUUGUUUGGGUAUUGGAUGCUUAUAGUUCCCAUGUCAUUCAUGAGGAAUUUCGACUUAACCCAUUACAUCUAGAUACACACCUGUCCAUGCAUUUCAUUGUUCUGGCUUUGUUUGCAUGCAGGCGUCUCACAUUCUAUUUUGCCAGAUGUGGGGGUUCAUUGGACACCCGGACGUAACUGGUGCAGUCUCUGGGUGCGCCCUCAGGCCCCAACCCAAUUUUUUUUUAGCAGUACCUUUAGUAUGUAAAAUACAGCAACCCUCUUUUAUUAGGAUUAGAUUAGGUGGAUAAAACUCAUCUGAAGGUGGUUACAAUUGUAGUUUAUACUUCUGUGCAGUGAGAACUUUCUGAUUAGUUUCCCGAGGAUGAACCAUCUAAAUCUGUGUUCUCAUGUGCUUACUUUUGCUUUUUGUUUAUAGCUUCUCGAUUUUUCCAUUGCUAUCUACCAAUUAAUCAUUCUAAUUACACGUCUUGUUAAAUAGGCCACACACAUCAUGCCUUGUUUUGAAUGUAUGGCAUUUUUGAAGCGUAAUCAUGUGUGCUUCAAUGGUUGUGUAACUGGGAACAUGGUUCAUUUUGUACCAUCCAACGAUUGCAAAUUGUUUCUGUUCCCAGAUCAACACCCUUCCAUAGGUCUUUCAAUAAGUAAUCUCCAACUCAUCGAAGGUUAGUAACCUUAUUUGAAGGGUGAACAACUGCGGUACAUAUUCAGAGCACUAUCCAUCAUAUGCUAUCAUUUUCCCAUGCUCAAAUUUCAAUACAAUUGGAUCUUUUUCAUUUUGUUUAUUUUGAGCAGUUACUUGUAUCUUAGGGAUUUUUAUGUAAUGUUUCUCUUUAUUGUUGUCAUCAUCAUCGUCAUUAUUUAUUGCCUAUAUUGGGAGUAACCCGUUUCUCAAUGUUGUCAUGGAGCAUUGGUCGACAUUUCGAGUGGCUUAUAGCGUAUGCACACAGUUGCCGAUCAGGAGUGCUUGUGACUCUUGCAAAGCACUCUAUACUUUCAUGUGUAGGGACGUCGCACCACUAAACGAUUAUGAUAUCUGAUCGGUGUGAGCUUUGUCCUAUAGCCCAUCCAAGAGGUGGCCCUUUUUGGGUUCAAGCCCAUAGCUCAAUGGUAGACAGGGUGUGUUGUGAGAUUGAGGUCCUGGGUUCGAGCUCAACUUACCUUUCAGAAUAAAAGAGGUGGCCUUUUGAUCUGGCUUGACUGAUCUCACUAAUCGAAAAGAAAAGAAAACUUUUAAUCUACAACAUGGGUGAUUCUUGGCCAAUACUAAGAAGAGAUUUGAUUUCUUUGUUCUUAUUGUUUCAAGUGUCUGAUCACCUGUGAAGAAUCGAUAAUUAGAAAUCUACCUCUGUCCCAUUCUAGCUGACCUGGCAUGCUAUGUUACUUGUAGUGAAGGUGGAGAAUUUGAAUGCUAACUCUCAUCCCACUUACAAAUGCCAAAAAGGCCCCAAUCAUUUUUCUUCCUGAAUAGUGAAAACUAGGUUUUCUAAGGCUUAAUUCAGUGAUUUGAUUUUUCAUUAUAUGCAUACGCAACACGAUUAAAAUUCUGUACGGGAUUCGUAUGCUAUGUGCAAUGAUUAUGUACUUGGAAAGGAUUUCCAUUAGCAACUUUUUCCCCUUUGCCAGUGCAUUUUAAGCUCAUCUAUGGUGUGAUGGUUGACUUGGGGUUUCAGGUAUUGUUCUUUCCAUUCUACGCUUUCUUGGAAAAGAAAAUAAAAAAACCUUAGCUGAGAAUGGAUUCUUUUGUUUGCCAAAGCAAUGUGACCCAUUUUAUGGCAUACUGUUUAUAUGAAGCUACUAUUAAGUUUGGCCUUGGGCUGGCUAGGUAGGCUUCUCUGCCUUGCCUGCCAAGGGCUGGGAUCAGGCCUGAUUUUUAGGCCCUCGUGCAUGGCCUGGGCCCUUCAAAGGCCACCCCUGGACCAGAAAUGUGUGCCCUUUCCAAUUUGGAACCUUGUUCACAGAUUCUUUUAUGGUUUUUAGCAGACAAGAAGAUUCUUUGGUUAGCAUCCCUUAUACAUGUUCCUCUUAGUUGAUGAAAACCUUUCCUCUUCCCUUGUUUUUGCUGAUAAUACCUUCUUUUGCGUGUGUUUUCAAAAUUCCGCAUGUUUCCUGUUCUUUUGUAUUUUACAACGGAAUAUGGUAUUCCAGGUCAACAUCACCCGACGGAGGAUCUGUAAAGCAUGCAGAUGACUACAAGGAUCAAAGGGAAUUAGACUGCUGCUAAUAACAGUUUGAAGGAGAGCAGCACGAGUCAAAGAAGCAGCAAGUAUGCAUGUAAAGAUCAGUCAUGAUGUCUGCAUAACAUGGAGAACCAAAAAAUAUAAGAUACUGCUAGGAAAGGUUUAGCACCGGUUUAUGUCAGAUGUGCUGGAGUUUUCUGGUAUCUUGUUAUAAUGGAAAAUGACAUAUUCGAUGGUUCGAUUCCUAUGACAGACCAAAGUCCUAUGGACAUUAAUGCAACAUCUAUACAUAUUUUUCCCUCUUUACUUGCUCAUCCCGAUGAAGUAGAUCUUAACAGCCGAAGACAGAUAAUGGCUGGCUAUCCUUUGAUUUCAACCUUACAGGCAGAAGCCGUAGAUAGACAUGGUGGUUUGGGCAGUACCGAGACACCAGUUUCUAGAAGCAUGCCACUCAAUAGAGAGUUGCAGGAGCAUUUCAUGGAAGCUUCCCUCCCCACUCUUUUGGCUGCAAGAACCGGCUCGCAUGAUAAUAUCAUUUCCUUCCCUAUCUCGGCCAAACCAGCAUUGCCGUUUGAGGAUUUGAGAGCUUGCAUUUCAAGCGGUGCUUGUGAUUCUUCAAAUUCAUCGCUUUCAGCUUCCAUGAACUCUGGCUAUGGUGAUGGGGCAUUGAAUGAUAUUGAGUUUGUAGCACCAAAAAAAGAUGCUGGUGCAGAUGGCCUGCUGAAUUGUAAAUGGAAUUAUGGUGAAAUUCUUGAUGGCCAAGUGUUUAACCGGCGAACUGCUACAAGCACGGUGUGUCCAUUGGAUCAUGUUGUAGGAAUCUCGCAACUUGGAUGGAUUCCAAACAAAUCUAGCACGAUCAUGAACCAUCCUUACAGCUACUGUCUGUCAAGUAAGGAAUUGUCAUUGAGUCUUGCUACAUGCCCAUCUUCUAGUAUCGGCGUGCCAAAUGUCUUGGACCAGUACUCAGAAAUAAGCUACUCUGACGUUACCCAAGUUGAACUGAAAGAGAAUGGAUGUUUAGAAGCUUCUUUUCAGAAUGUUAUGUUAGGAAUGGGUUUGGGAUCAGAACAAACCUCCACCAACACUAGGGAGAUCUCACCAGGUUAUGGUUCUUGUAGCCCUAUCCAGUUCUCAAACGUGCUGUUAGGAUCGAAGUAUCUCCGUGUAGCCCAACAAACUCUCGCAGAAGCUGCUGGCCAUGCAUUAGAGAAUCUAGCCAAGAUGAGUGGUUUGGUGCAUGGGAUUGAAAGCCAGGAAACGAUGUCAUUUCGUUCGAGUGGAAAGGGGAUCUCGAUGAUGGGGUCUGUUGAAUUUCCUUUCUCUGCAGAAGGAAUCAGAUCUCCAGGCCAUUUGAAGCUUGGCCCACAGCGACAGGAACUUGGAACUAAGAAAGCUGAACUAUUAGCCAUGCUGCAAGUGAUUGACCGGAGAUACAAUCAAUGCAUAAAUCAGAUCCAGACUAUAUCUUCAUUCCAUGCUGCAACGAAGUUACACCCUCAAAUACAUGCUCGUUUCACCCUUCAGACAAUCUCCAUUCUGUAUAAAAACCUGAGGGAGCGAAUCACCAAUCAAAUUCUUACAACUGGAGAAUGCCUCAGCUCUGACUGCACAAGAGAGAAGGAGAAGCCUUUCGAUUAUUCUUUUGUUGAAAAUAAAUGGGCUUUGCAGCAUCCAAAGCGAAAUGAUCUGCAAGUGUGGAGACUGCAAAGAGGCUUGCCCGAAAAAUCUGUCUCGGUUUUACGAGCAUGGUUGUUUCAGAACUUCCUCCAUCCGUACCCCAAAGAUGCAGAUAAGCAUUUACUUGCAAUGCGAAGUGGGUUGACAAGGAACCAGGUAUCAAACUGGUUUAUAAAUGCACGGGUCCGCCUGUGGAAACCAAUGAUCGAAGAGAUGUGCUUGGAAGUCAAUAAAAACAGUCAAGCCAAAGAAGGAAUUGUCAACGACCAUACAAGCCAAAGCAUUGCUAAUUAGAGAAUCCAUAUGAAUUGAGUUCUCUAAGAUAUGUACCAUGUUACAACCAUCAAUCCCAAACUUGUGCAAUCCCCUGUUAUUUGUCUAAUCUCUUUGUGGGUAUUAACACCUUUCUUUCCUAAUCUUUGAUUCUUGGUAGAACUGUGUUAUGGGUUUCACUUAAUAAUUUUUGCCUGGGAUUUAGGAAAAGCAAGUGAAAUGGGAUUUGCAUUUUUUGAUUGUUGGAUGAAAAAGGGGAAGAUUCAUAUCACAAGGUGGUGCAUGUUGUGUGUUCAAUCUGUAAAUCUUAGUUUAAUAUCUUUGUUGGUGCAUUACUUCUCUGAUUUUUGUAUAAUUACUCAAAUGUAAUUGGAAUUUAGUAUAUCAUUUAUAGGAUUUGUUCUAUUAUCUUUAA